AUGGUUCCUGUAUGCACAUCCAGUGGUCCGGGGGUCACUUAUACGCAUUCACGCUGGCAAGGCUUCAGCCAGUAUGCCACCGUUUUGCCUGCCCUGCUGUUCAUAAACCUCGAGGCCGGAUCCCAACCCUCUUGCUGUCCUACGCCCAUCGCGCCUCGCAUGCAGAUCGCAUUUGGGUCUGGCUCUGAUCGCGCCGUGUUACAUCUACCCAUUAUAAACAUGGCCGCGCUCAUCAGCCAUUUCCGCCGCCUCUCCAUGGCCGACGUGGAAGACUUCAUCUAUUCGUACGUCAAGUGCGAGUAUGCGCGCUAUGCCCUCCAUUCGGAUCUCGACCACAACUCCCGCCUCUCGCGGCUCAAAAGAACCCUCCAAAUCAAAACCGUUCACAUCCCUCAAGCGGCUCGCUGGAAGGCAAUCGGACGCGCUUUCGGCGACAUGGAUUCCCACAUCCCUCAUCACAUCAUCAAUGAUACCCGCGACUGCAUCCGCCUCCUCGAAGCCCGCGAUGUUGACCCCAUUCUGCUCCGCGAGGUCCUUGUUGCCUUUGCCAAAGAAAACGGCCGCAGCCUCUCCACGCGCGCCACUGCCAGGCGCCUACUCACACAACAUCUACUCGUCAGAAAACUGUGGUUCGAAGAUGGUGCCAUGUUCGCUCGCAGCCGCCGUGGUCAAAAAGCGAUGGAUUGGGUAGAGGCGGCGGAAGAUCAUCUUAUCGAGUCCCGCAUUCAAGAGGCCGGCAUGACCAGGGUCACAAAUUACUGGCGCGUUCAGCAUCUUUCCCUGUUGGCCCGCCAUGGAUCCCUUUUGGACUUGCGGCCUGGAGCCGCUCUGUAUCACGAUGGGAGCCAGUUCUCCAUAUACGACCCGGAUCUUCUGAGGGAGCCAUGGCAAUCGACGGAAAACUUGUUGACUUAA